AUGCGAUCUAUCCAGGACCUUUAUCCAAUGGCGAAGAACACUAAGAUCAUGUUGGGCGUGGUAUGGCCAGAUCGACAUGUAGCUUUCCCUGAUUUCUUCGACAUAUCAAGCAAUACCCCAGCGAACUUUGGGACAAAUCAAGGUCACCCUUGGUACUUCGACAGUCCCGAUCAUCCCGACGAUGCCGCUCUAAUGUGCCCUAUGGUAGAAGGCGGGAAGGAUGCUGAAUGGGAUAUGCCACCAUACAAAACACAUUCAGUCUACUAUUAUGGACAGGGUACGUACCUUGCGUCUAAAACGCUUUGUAUGUUGGCUGUACAAGCAAAUGGAACUCAGAGGUUCUACAAUUUGAAAAACCUUUAUGGAUGGAGUGAAGCGAAGGCUACUCAGCAAGCUAUGCACAAAGCAACCGGGAAAAGAGGAGCUGUCAUAUCAAGAUCCACAUUCCCCUCAAGUGGGCGAUUUGCCGGACAUUGGUUAGGUGACAAUACUGCCACAUGGGCAGAUCUCCAAUCGGCUGUUAUCGGAGCUCAGGAAUUCAAUAUGUUUGGAAUCCCCUAUAUUGGCUCUGAUAUUUGUGGUUUCAAUGGUGAGACAAACGAAGAGUUGUGCUUGAGAUGGCAGCAAAUGGGCGCUUUCCAUCCAUUCAUGAGUGGGCGAUUUGCCGGACAUUGGUUAGGUGACAAUACUGCCACAUGGGCAGAUCUCCAAUCGGCAGUUACCGGGGCUCAGGAAUUCAAUAUGUUUGGAAUCCCCUAUAUUGGCUCUGAUAUUUGUGGUUUUAAUGGUGAGACAAAUGAAGAGUUAUGUUUGAGAUGGCAACAAAUGGGCGCUUUCCAUCCAUUCAUGAGAAAUCACAACACAGAGGGUGCAUCACCACAGGAUCCAGCACAGUGGCCAUCCGUAACUGCUGCAGCUAUUAAAGCUAAUCUAUUUCGAUACAGCUAUUUACCGUACUUGUUCAGCUUGCAUUUCGUUGCAUCCAUGAAUGGUGGUACAGUCGUGCGUCCACUAUUUUAUGAGUAUCCUAAAGAUCAAGAAACCUACAAUCUGGGCCAACAAUUCCUCUGGGGCAGUUCUAUGCUGGUUGCACCGGUACUAUAUCAGAGGUGGGUAAGAGUGAAAUAUACAGAAUAUACCAGCAAUUACGGCCAACCAUUCAAUCAUGGAUAUCAGACGCUCAACGCACCAACCACAUCUCUUAUUCCUGUAUUUGUGAGAGGUCGGAAAGAGGUUCAAAGACGAGGAUCUAUCUUACCUCGUCAAAAACCGAACGUAACUACCGCUUAUACGAGGAAUAACGCCUUUGAGCUGCUUAUAGCUCCUGGAUCGAAAUUCAGUAAGAACUCUUUUUCUAUUGAAACAGAGAACAAAAAGUAUAUUUGAAU